GUUUACCAACUUCAUUGGUCCAUCUUUCGGUGAUGCAUCUGGCUAGUUUUUCACCAGUGAUUUUACCAAUAGGGAAGAACAUUGUAUAUUUUGAGAACAAGCAGGUCAAGACAAAAAUGAAGCGUUUUUGGUGCAUAGACUGAGGUAGUGGCCCAUAGAUGUCAGCUGAUAUUAAUUCAAGUGGUUGUGAAGGCAAGAUAGGUAUCAUUUCUCCUGCUAUGUGAAAACGGUUAUGCUUUGUUUUUUGACAGAUGUCGCAAGCUCUUAUUAACUGUGUAACCUUUUUGUUCAAUCCUUUGAAGUAACAACACGUUUUCAGGGCAUGUAUUGUUUUCUUUAUACCAAAGUGACCAAUUCGUUCAUGUGUUUCCAAAAUUACGUCCUUUUCCAGGGUGUGUGGUAUGACUAGAUGCCAAAAAUCGGAGUUUUUAUUAGCCUUAUAAAAUAAAUGGUCGUUGAAAAUAGUGUAGCGUUGUAGAUACUGGUGUUCUUCUACUGGAGGGUUGGAUAACUUGCGAAUGAGAUCUGUGAUUUUGUUGUCCAUUGAUUGUGCGCUUUUAAAUUUUUCAGAUGUGAGGAGUUCGGUGUGCAGGAGUGGCGAUAUAUUGAAGGGUAACGGCACUGGUUGAUCUUCGGCUACAUAGCAUUGGAAUGUCGUCUCAUUGGCAUAGGUGUCACUUCCUUCUCUGGACAAGAAAUCAGCAGUUUGAUUUCGUUUACCUGGCAGGCAAGUCGGGUAAAUCUGAGAUUUCGGCCGUUGAAGAGGAAGGACAGGUAAUCUCGAGAUUCUUCUGCCACUUGUACCUGCCAGUAUCCGGCGCUGAGGUCGACGGUGGAGUAUAUGGUCUUGCCAUAGAACGUCUGCAACACCUGAUCGAUCUGGGCGGGAGCUUCACGGUCGUCGUCGAGAAUCAUGUUCAGCUGGCGGGCGUCAAGACAGAGUCGGGUGGAGCCGUCCUUCUUCGAAACGCAGGUAAUACCAGGAAGGAGUAUGGGAAGCACUUUCCUUCGACUUGGAUCUCCAGGAGGCAUUGUUUAGUUAUUCGGAGGCGACGUCCUGGUGUGACACCUGAUAGGAUGAGGGUCCAGUCAACGGCGGGAGCGGUGCAUGGUUAA